CCAUGACAUGUAGACGUGAAGCAAAGGGCGUGGGAGUUUAAAAGGCUGGGCGUAGGCUCCUGGAAUGUUUGUUUGUUUCUUUGCGGAAGACAGCCACAAAACAGGCACAGAACUUCCUAUAACACCUUGUAGCCAUGUGGCCAAAUCAAGGUACUUCCAACCCAGCCUUUCCCCCUGGUUAUAACUCUGCAUACCCAGCCCCCGCAUUUCCGCCCCCAGGAAUGUAUCCCCAGCCCCCGCAUCAACAGUACCCGCCUGUCCAGUAUCCAAUGGGUGUCAACCCAGCCAUGAUACCGAACGCACCUCCAGUUAUGCCACCUUACGCGAGGGCUCCAGUACCUCACUCCUACCCCGUGGCACCUGGCGGGUACCCAGUCGGCGUCCACCCCGGUGUGUACCCAUACUCUUCAAAAGGCUACCACCAGCCUUAUAAGACCCACUACAACAAGGGCCAUCUCUACCACGCGGGGGUCAAUCCACUUUAUCCCUCGAGCAGGGGGAUUGGCAGCUCCCUGACUGGCAUGGCCAUGGGAUUGGUGGCACAUAAAGCCCAUAAGAAGUUGAAGAAGGGGAAGAAGCUGAAGAAGAUCCACAAGUUGCAUAAGUACGGUUACUAUGGCGGCAAGUAUUCCUCCAGCAGCAGUAGUAGCAGCAGCAGCAGCGACUCAGACUGAGGUCAUCCAUCAUCCAACUGUAUGUUACCAUCCAAAUAUUGAGAGGCUAACUUCUAAAGGAAUUAUCAAUAAAUACUUUAACAGAA